ACUUCGUACCGCCAGGGUUAUGGGGUACAGUCUCACCUCUGUUCUAUGUUCUCCCAGCAUGUGGUGGGUUUCCACCAGUUUCUUCUAGUUUCCUAUGAGUAGUGUUUCCAGAUUGCCUGUAGCAAAUGACUGUGGGCAUUCUUGUGCCCUGUAAUGGGUUGACACCUCACUGGGUGUCCCCUGCUUUGUGCCAUGAGUUUCCUGGCAUAGGCGCUCACCACAACCUUAAAUCCAAUGAAUGGAUGGAUUCAUAAUCCCUCAGCAAUCACUAUCCUUUACAGAAUCAAGCAGAGUCCUGUACUUAAGUAUAAGGAACUCAGUCUGUUUGACUAUUUAUAAAUGUCUCUAUAGUUUAAGCAAAGUUUAAUUCAAACCAACUUACCAAUGUCAUGACAGAUUUGACAUCGUUUACCUGUAAUAAAUGUAUACAUCUCUAUGUUUUAAUCACGGACUUUACUCAAAGUUAGGUUUAACUUUACAAAAGUUAAAGAUGUUGUCGGGGAAGUUGUCCUGUCCAAGGUGGCGGCCCAGUCGACGUGUGUGCCCUCAGAUUACCAGUUCGCACAGGGGCAUUUUCCCCCUUUGGUAUAAUUAAGCAUUUUAUUAAGCAUAACACAUUUGGGAAUUCCAGACUGGUCUAGCGUUUUGUUCUAAACAUUAAAACUAAGGUUUCGCUUUGCAUUUUAGCCUUAUACACUUUGUUAGUACUGACAAGUGGAAACGGCACUCGUUGCGGAGUAAGGCGAAGCGGAACGCUCUGUUCGAGUGUGUAAACUGGACGGUCGCUUUAAGGAGUUGCACAGUGUUCCUGUUGAUACACACUGUAAUUUGCAGGCAUGGGGAGGCUGAGGAAGAAACACAACUGGAAGGCGAGGGAGCAAAACACAGCAGCUCCCAAACCUGCUGAAGACAUGAAGAGUGAAGUGUUGCUGGAGUUGGACAAGUCCACCUCACUGAAGGGUGUUGAUGAAAGUAACACACUGGUUCUCCCAGGCACCAAAGUGAAGAAGACAAAGGUGGAGAAACCUGUCCCUAAGAAAAGAGUGCUGACCAAAAAACAGAGAAAGAAUUUGCAGAAAGUUCUGGAGCAGAAAGAGAAAAAAGCUCAUCGAGCAGAGAUCUUGGACAAACUAGCAGAAGUUCAGCUGCCAGAAACUGAAAUGAAGCUGUUGUACACAACCUCCAAACUGGGCAUCGGAGACAAACUUUUUCAAACUAAAGAAGUUAAUGUUGAAGGUGUGGAUACAGGAUCAGCAACAGUCAAAAUCAACAGUCUUAGUGGCGCUAACAGGAAGAGGAAGAGAAAAUGGGAUGAGGAUGAAAGCGAAGGAGACUCGGUUAAGGAGGAGACGAGCAAUGCGUCGGACUCUACUUCUGAGGAAGGGGAGGAUGAAGUGGAGGAUGAAGUAGAAGAGGAGGCUGCAGAAAAAACAGCACCUGCAUUAAAGGAGGAACAGGAUGAGAAAGAGCAAACAGGAGCGGUGGAAAAGGAGGAAAAGAAAAAGGAAGAUACAAAAACGUUAAAACCCCAAAUAAAUGAUUGUCAGCCAGCUGUGUUUAUUCCUGUAGACAGAUUGCCGGAGAUCCAGGAGGCACGGCUGAAGCUGCCAGUGUUGGCUGAGGAGCAGGUGAUCAUGGAGGCAGUGAAGGAGAAUGAUUGUGUGGUGUUGUGUGGAGAGACAGGCAGUGGCAAAACCACACAAGUACCCCAGUUUCUAUACGAGGCUGGUUAUGCGAGUGCUGGUGGUAUGAUCGGUGUGACUGAGCCCAGAAGAGUGGCGGCAGUCAGCAUGUCCCACCGUGUGGCCAGUGAGAUGAACCUCUCCACAGGGGUGGUGUCUUAUCAGAUCAGAUAUGAAGGCAAUGUGACGAAAGAUACCAAGAUCAAAUUCAUGACAGAUGGUGUCCUGCUGAAAGAAGUUCAAAAGGACUUCCUGUUGCAGAAAUACAGUGUGAUAAUAAUUGAUGAGGCUCACGAGCGCAGUGUUUACACUGACAUCCUCAUUGGCCUCCUCUCUCGUAUUGUGGCACUCCGCAAUAAGAAAGGUUUACCCAUGAAACUGCUGAUUAUGUCUGCUACGCUGCGAGUGGAGGACUUUACUGAGAACAAGAGACUGUUUCGCUCUCCUCCACCAGUCAUAAAGGUAGAGGCUCGUCAGUUCCCAGUCACGGUUCACUUCAACAAGCGGACACCAAUGGAGGAUUACGUAGCUGAGGCCUUUCGAAAAACUUGCAAGAUUCACCGCAUGUUGCCUCCAGGCGGUAUCCUGAUGUUUCUGACUGGCCAGGCAGAGGUGCAUUCUGUGUGCAGGAGACUGAGGAAGGCUUUUCCUUAUAGGCCCAGCAACAUACAGCUUACUGAAACAGAGGACACAUCAGAGGGGCUGAGAAAAUUUAAGAAGCAGAAGUAUAAGAAAUCAGUGUCUCUUCCUCGCAUCGAUCUGGAUAACUACUCUGCUCUACCCGUGGACGAAGGGGAUGAAGAUCGCCAGGCUGGCAUUGAUGAAGAGGAUGACGAAGGCUCGGACCUGGAUUUGGGUGAUCAACCAGAAAACACUGAGGAGAAGGCUGAUCCCUCCAUUCCUCUGUAUGUGCUGCCACUUUACUCCCUGCUGGCACCUGAGCAGCAAGCUAAAGUGUUCCGCCCACCUCCUCCAGGUGCGCGCAUGUGUGUGGUGGCCACCAACGUGGCAGAGACGUCCCUCACCAUUCCAGGAAUUAAGUAUGUGGUUGACUGUGGUCGGGUGAAGAAGAGAUUUUACGACAGAGUGACAGGAGUCUCUUCCUUUAAGGUCACCUGGACGUCACAGGCCUCAGCCAAUCAGAGAGCUGGAAGGGCAGGAAGAACAGAGGCAGGACAUUGCUAUAGGCUCUACUCAUCUGCAGUGUUUAGUGAUUUUAGCCAGUUUUCAGAGGCUGAAAUCACUCGUCGCCCUGUUGAUGAUCUUGUUUUGCAAAUGAAAGAUCUAAACAUUGAGAAGGUGGUAAAUUUUCCGUUCCCCACCCCACCCUCCUCGGAAGCUCUGGUGUCUGCUGAGCAGCUACUUAUCUCUUUGGGUGCUUUAGAGGAACCACCUCGCACUGGAAGAAUGGUGGAUAUGGAGAGGGCUCGUCUAUCGUGUCCUAUAACCCCUCUGGGACGCGCCAUGGCAGCGUUUCCUGUUGCCCCACGCUACGCUAAGAUGCUUGCACUGGGCCGCCAGCAAGGCUGCAUGCCUUAUAUCAUAACGAUAGUGGCAGCCAUGACUGUUCGAGAAAUCUUUGAAGAACUGGACAGGCCAGCAGGUUGUGAAGAGGAGAACAGUAAACUGGCUGGAAGAAAAGCACGCUUUAGCCAGAUGAGGAGGUUGUGGGCAGGCCAGGGCCAGGCUUUACUACUAGGAGACCCCAUGGUGAUGCUCGGUGCGGUAGGGGCUUGUGAGUUUGCUGGCUGCACACCAAAGUUCUGUGAAGAAAAUGGACUUCGCUACAAAGCUAUGUUGGAGAUACGAAGGCUGCGGGGACAGCUCACUAAUGCAGUGAAUGCUGUGUGUUCUGAUGCGGGCGUGUGUGUGGACAAUAAAAUGCCCCUCCCAACUGAAUCUCAGGUAGUGUGCCUUAGGCAGAUUGUGUUGGCUGGUUUAGGAGAUCAUCUGGCUAGACGAGUACAAGCUGAGGAACUGCUGGAUCCAAAGUGGAGAAAUGGAUACAAGACUCCUCUGUUAGAUGAGCCUGUGUUUAUACAUCCUUCAUCUGUACUUCACAAGGAGUUGCCCGAGUUUGUAGUCUAUCAAGAAAUCAUGGAAACUACCAAAAUGUACAUGAGAGGAGUCUGUGCAGUGCAGGCUGAUUGGAUCCCAAAGCUCCUGCCCCAGUACUGUCACUUCAGUGGACCAGAACAAAGCCCUGCCCCAUGGUACUGCACCCUCAGUGGCAGAGUGAAGUGUCUACAACAGAGCACAUUCUUCAGAGUUGGAUGGAAGCUUUCUGCCAUUGAGAUGGAUCAUCCCGAAGGCCUUGAGCGCUACAAAUUGUUUGCAAAGUUUUUGCUGGAAGGACAGGUGUGUCCCAAAUUGCAGCGACACAGUACAUGUUUAUUGUCAAGCCCUGCAACCAUGCUGAAGACCUGGGCCAAGCUGCAGCCUCGAACAGAAAAUCUUUUGGGAGCGUUAGUAUCAGAAAAAGUGGACAGCCGAGAUGCCUUACAAGCUGCGUGGAAGAAAAAUGAAAAGUUUCUCCUGUCAGCAUACUGUCAGUGGCUUCCAAAGUCUCUCCAUGAAGAAAUCACCAAGAGCUGGCCUCCUGUCUAACACUCUCACACUGUCUUAUCACCCAACAGUGGAAACAAUCACACACUGCCUCCAUAUCUUAAGCAGAGCUGGAAUUGCGGGAUUCACACACUCAUAGGCACAUGUCUCAAGGCUGCAAAAAAAAUUCCACUGUCACUUGCAGAGACUAAUGAACAUUCAUUUCCAGCUUCAUGUAUUUAUUCAUGCCUCAUUUUGGACUUAAGAUGAUGGAUAUAGGAUUAUGCAACUUCUGUUUAUAUAAUUAAACCUGAACUGAAAAGAAUCACUGUUAAAAACAGAAUGGGAAUGCAGCCAUUAAGAGAUCAGAAACCAGAGAUCAAUACUGGAAAUCUUAUGAGUUGUAAAACUACCGAAAACAAGUAUUUUUUCUCUUUAUUAGGUUUUCUUUGUGUUUUGUAUACAAUAAUAAUGAGUUUUUUUAUGUCAUUUUGUGAGUAUGCUAUGUUUUUGGUUUGGUAGAAUACUUUCAAAAUAAUUGUUCUGUAAAGUGAUGUUUCCAAUUAAAGCA